CCUCUUCUCAUUCCGGAAACUCGUAAUUUCCAGUUGCGUCUGUUCCGGGUCAUCGCAGUUAGUCCCCUGCCUCAGGGUUGACCAUUCACCGUCUAAACAGCAGCCCUGAAGAGUCCGUCCAGCACGGUUAUUCCUUGUGCAGCCCGGGAGUCAGCUGAUUGUACCUAGCGCUCUGGCUCCUUCUUCCCAGACCUGGCAGGAUCCAUAGCAUCCCAGGACAGACCCGAGCCACUGAAGCUGACAGAUGACACUCCAGUCGCAUCUUUGUCUCCCACAGUCAAAGCCCGCUGAGCAUGGAUCCCACCGCAGGCCUUGCAGAGCAGCCUGAACCCGAGAAGACUGCAAGUGAGGAGCCAGAGCCGGUGCAAUGGCAAGCCCUCCCUGUCCUAUCGGAGCAGCAGUCGGGGGCCGUGGAGCUGGUGCUGGCCUAUGCUGCCCCCGUCCUGGACAAACGCCAGACAUCACGCCUCCUCCGGGAGGUGUCCGCUGUCUACCCGCUUCCAGCCCAGCCCCACCUCAAGCGGGUGCGCCCCAGCCGCAGUGCCGGUGGCGCCCACGCAUCGGAUCUGCUAUUGUGCCUGGCAGGGCCCUCUGCGGGGCCCCGCUCUCUGGCCGAGCUCCUCCCCAGACCAGCCGUGGACCCGCGUGGCCUGGGCACACCUUUCCUGGUGCCUGUGCCCGCCCGGCCGCCCCUCACCCGGAGCCAGUUUGAGGAGGCACGAGCCCACUGGCCUACAUCCUUCCACGAGGACAAGCAGGUGACCAGCGCGCUGGCCGGGCAGCUCUUCUCUGCGCAGGCUCGAGCGGCCAUGCAGAGCCACAUGCAACGGGCUGUGCGUGCUGCCCAGAGAGCAGCUGCGCAGGGCCUGCGGGCGGUGGGCGCUGUGGUGGUGGACCCAGCCUCCGACCGCGUGCUGGCCACAGGCCAUGACUGCAGCGGCACAGCCAGCCCCCUGCUGCACGCUGUCAUGGUGUGCAUUGACCUGGUGGCCCAGGGGCAGGGCCGUGGUACCUGUGACCUCAGACGCUACCCAGCUUGCUCCUUCGCCCCGGCCUCCACCACCCAGGGUGCACGUCCUGGCAGCGUGCGCAAACUGGAUGAAGAUGAGGACAGCCUGCCCUACGUGUGCACUGGCUAUGACCUGUAUGUCACCCGCGAGCCCUGCGUCAUGUGUGCCAUGGCCCUCGUCCACGCCCGCAUCCAGCGCGUCUUCUAUGGGGCGUCCUCACCGGAUGGCGCCUUGGGCACACGCUUCCGUGUCCACGCGCGGCCAGACCUCAACCACCGCUUCCAGGUGUUCUGUGGCAUCCUUGAGGACCAGUGCCGCCAGCUGGACCCCGACCCAUAGGCCUGGUGACCUUCUGCUUCCAGACCUUUCUCUGCAUCCACUGAAGCUCCAUGGCCUUGGGCCGGGGGACCCACCCUCUGUCUGUCUAAGGACACUGACCACCUGUGUCAGCGUGUGGGGGACCCUUUCAGCCCCAAGACAGUGGCCUCCUCUCUGCUGACUGUGGCGCCUGGGGCGACCCUGCUUACAAGCCCAGUGGCUGUCUUCCAGUCCCCGUGGCCCUCCAGGCUUGGGGCAGGAAACAGCCAUCGUGUGUGAAAAUAAAGCACCUCAAACCAA